CUCUUGUUUUGAUUCUGUCAUAUCAGUGAGUAGUUUACUUCGCGCCUGCGCAAAAUUCCCCGUGUCGAGUUCAGCGACUCGCGCGUGCCAGAGCGAGCUCAAUCUCACGACCCUCAAAUCGCAGCUGAGGAAGCGCGUUUUAGGGAAUUCGCUGUUUCAGCGCAGUGUUUUCUUUGGUUGAGUUUGAUUCAGCGCCUGUAGUGAAAGAUGGAUCCGCAGAAAGUGUCGGAGUUGAAGGCCUUCGUGCAGCUGUGUAAAGAUAAUCCAGCUAUACUGCAUAUGCCAGAGAUGAGUUUCUUUAAAUCCUGGCUGCAUGGGAUGGGAGCGACCAUACCAUCACCAUCAAGGAACAGCUCACCAUGCCAGGGAGGCUGUCCAUGCGAUGGGGCUCCCAAAUCAGCCCCAGAACCCAAGCCGGCCCCCGAACCAGCCCCACCAUCCGAGAGUGAGGAGAGUGAAAUAGAAAUUGACAAUGAAGGAGUGAUUGAGCCAGAUACAGAUGAACCUCAAGAGAUGGGCGAUUAUGAGAACCUGGAGGUGACAGAUGAAAUGAUAGACCAGGCCAAUGAGAAGAAGUGUGAGGCCAUUGGAGUGUUAGGAGAUGGUGACCUACAGAAAGCUCUGGAUCUGUUCACAGAGGCCAUCACACUCAACCCCAAAUUGGCCAUUCUGUACGCCAAAAGAGCAAGUGUGUAUGUGAAGAUGCAGAAACCCAACGCUGCCAUCAGAGAUUGUAACAGAGCCAUUGAAAUUAACCCAGAUUCAGCCCAACCCUAUAAGUGGAGGGGGAAAGCACACAGAUUGCUUGGACAUUGGGAAGAGGCAGCAAAGGACUUGGCAAUGGCCUGCAAACUUGACUAUGAUGAUGAUGCCAGUGCCAUGCUUAAAGAAGUUCAGCCAAAGGCCAACAAAAUCAUUGAGCAUAAGCGCAAAUAUGAACGCAAGCGGGAAGAACGGGAGAUCAAAGCGAGGCAAGAACGAGUCAAGAAAGCGAAGGAGGAGCACGAAAGAGCACAGAGGGAAGAGCAGGCCAGACAACAGGCUGCAGGAGGUUCACAGGGUGGGUUCCCUGGAUUUCCAGGAGGGGCAGGUUUCCCAGGGGGUGCAGGUUUCCCAGGUGGAAUGGGUGGACUAAAUGAUUUAUUUAAAGACCCAGAGGUUCUCAUGGCUAUGCAGGACCCAGAUGUGAUGGCAGCCUUCCAGGAUGUGGCACAAAACCCAGCCAAUAUCGCCAAGUACCAGAGCAACCCCAAAAUCAUGGCUUUGAUCAACAAACUCAGCUCCAAGUUUGGUGGCCAGCAGCCUUAAAGGGCAGAAAAUAUUCAUGUGGAUAGCGUCUGGUUCCAAUACUCUGAUGUAGUUUUUUCUCACUGGUUUCUUCCAAGGACAUAGCUUGGAGCAGUUGAAGUAAAGAGAUAGUUUUACAAGAAUUCAGACUGGUACUACAAUGCUGAUGAAUUAGAAGAAAACUAUUAAAGAGUAUAGGAACAAGACAAAAAGAGAGUUGGGGGUGGUGCAUGAACUGAAAGGUUUUGGUUUAUUCUUCUGAAGUUUUGAUUGGGACAGACUGUUUCAUGACAUUCACUGAGGUCAGCCCACUCAACACAUUUGGCACUUAAAACAAAGAUCUUGAGUUCUUCGGGGGCAUUAAAAUCUAAUCAUAAUGCGGGUCAAGGAAUCAGUAUGCAUUACUGGACUUUAGAAAAAUGUCUUUAAUUGCUACUUAAACAAUUCAACAGCCAAUCAUUCCAGGGGAUUAAGUAUAGUUAAACACUUUCAUAGUUGAUGAUGUGGUCUGUUUUUUUCUCACAUAUUAUACAUAUCCUCUCAGUUCAUGAUUUAAUUUGAUAAGUGUACCUUAACAUUUUUUUCAUCCUCGCCCUCAUUGUAACCUAACAGUUUGUGUCUUGUCAAUGCUAAGUGAAAAUUAAAACAUUCUUUUAAGAAGUUUGCAUUUAA